AUGGAAUCUAAGAACACUGCUUCAUUUGCCUUUCUUCUGUCACUCAACCUUCUCUGCUUUAGCCUGGUCAGUGCCACUAGUCCUACCCCAUAUAUACCCGGUACCAGACCUUCGACGUAUUAUUCUACAGGCACAUGUGAUGGAUUGAAGUUAGGAGUAUGUGCCAAUGUGCUUAACUUGGUUGAUGUCGUUGUUGGAUCCCCUCCAACGCUGCCAUGCUGCAGUCUCAUCCAAGGCCUUGUCGAUCUUGAGGCUGCACUUUGUAUAUGUAUUGCUAUUAGAGCCAACAUUCUGGGACUGGACUUAAAUGUCCCUGUUGCACUCAGCCUGGUUCUUAAUAACUGCGGAAAGAAAGUUCCAACUGGUUUUGAGUGUUACUAA